UCUCCAGGUCCAGCCGCGGCGCUCACCAAGACCUCGCCGCUCGGAUCGCAUCUUCCUACACGGGAAUACGCACGACUCGCGCACAGCGAACCGCUGAGAUUCGCCUCCUCGGGUUCCGUUCCGAGCGAAACGAGGCUGGGAUUUCCACUCGUCGUUUGAUAUUUGACAGCUUGGUGUGCGCGCGCGUGUGUGUGGCCGUGUGCGUGCGUGCGUGCGUGUGUGUGUAAGUGUGUUGGGUGGAGUCAACCCGGAAUUCUCCAAAUUGGAAAAGCAUUGGCACAUUUCAGGAGCACCAUGAAGGACGGCACUGCCAACAACAGCACGGCCAGCAUCUCCCAGGCCCGGAAGGCUGUGGAGCAGCUGAAGAUGGAGGCGUGCAUGGACAGGAUAAAGGUCUCCAAAGCAGCCGCAGACCUCAUGGCGUACUGCGACGCCCACAUACGCGAGGACCCCCUCAUCGUGCCCGUCCCCGCCUCCGAGAACCCCUUCCGGGAGAAGAAGUUCUUCUGCGCCAUCCUCUGAUGACCCGCGGGGGGCGCUACGCAGGUGCAGGCCCCGCGCGGCCCGGCUCCCCGAGCUGCCGGCCGGAGGCGUUGGGUCGAGUUUUUCCAGGUGGACAUUGUGUUGUCGGGUCAGCGCUGUCGUGGUGGCUGCAGGUUGCGGGGGAGGAGGGGGGGGGGGGGGGGGGGGGGUUGAGUCGGCCACCGACCUGGCAACCCGGCGAGCGUGUCAUGUCUUGUUACAUAGGUUUGUUAUUGCUUUGUUGUUAGAGAACAGCCUUGCUCAGUGCUUAAUGAGAUGAGAGAUGUUUCGUUCCUUUUGGUUUCCUUUAACUGUGCUAGAUCUUAACAUGCCUCAGGAAACAGAAACGUGCCCAUUUUCUAUAACUUUUUUUAAAACAUUUCUUGAGUGAAACGCAUUCAUCCCUCUAUUAUCUGGGAAAUGAUCAGUUGUAUAUUGACACCUGUUGCAAAGGGUCGUCGAUUCAUAGCAGCAUUGACUAAAGUCCCGCUAAAACGCGACACUUCCUGGUGGCUUCGAUUUCAAUUUACCUCCAGAGUGGGUCGCAAUUAACCCGCUCGCUGCAGUCCUGCGGCACGGCCCGAUUCCAAUUAGAGCACAGGAACCUUAUCUGGCGUGGUGAAUAAUUCCAGUUGGUGCAGACGGCGCCCUUAACGAGGAGGAGGAGGAGGUGGCGUCGCGUCGGUCCUGCUGGAGAUAAAUAAACGGGGCUGCGUUGAUGUGAGGGCGCCGAGCUAAUGUGUCGGCGGCGGGAUGAGUUCCUCAGGGUUAUCACUGUGCAAACAACCCUUAAGUCAAAAAUAAUUUAUGAACCUGCCGCCCCCUUUUCCCGUUGCCCGGCGCGCUCUGAUGCGUCCCACCACGGCUGCUCUGUCUGAUUUACUCCUCAUCCACCUUAAAUCACAGCCGCCAUCGGUUAAUCCCGCGGCCCGCGACUGGAAUAUUUUUACAAGUCGCAGGACGUCUCUCCUUAAGGGCCUUAUUUGUUUUCUGGGCAUGUUUCCUGAGCCUGAUACCUUUUUCGCCUGUCCUAGAGUGAAUGGCAAGGCCUUUGAUAUUAAUGCCAAACCAGAGGCCUGCAUGUUUCUCUGCUCCUUCGCGACAGCCCCCCCUCUGUUUCAGAGGGACUGUCAGUCUUUUAGAGUGUACAGUAUGUUACAGUGCCAAUUUCUGUGGGAGCAGUGUGAUCUCGGCGCCGUGCUCCCGCAGCCUUUUUUGUUCCGUUGGGUUUGGUUUGGUUUUGUUUGGGAAGAAAAAGCACACUGUUGAGACGUUUCCUUUACAUGGUAGUUGAAUAGCAUUUGCGAAUUUUUACAAUGAAUUGUUAUGAUCGAUAUUAAUAUUAUUAUGAUUAUUAUGAGUAGUAAUAUUGAAUAUUUGUUGCACAGCACUGACAGCUACAUGACGUGUAGUGCUCUUAAGCUUGUAUGAUACUUAGGAAAACAUUUAUAAAUCAUUAUUGAUACUAUCUGAGUAUUUUUUAAAAACAGUGGUAAGGGUCGGUUUACAUUGUUAUGAUCCCUUUGGUGGUUCAGGCUUUUUGCAUCAUUGUUUCUGUAAAAGUAAUUUUCUUCUCAGUACUUGAAUAGUUGUUGCAUUAGAAACCAAACGGUGGUAGACCUCCUGGGCUGUCGCCAACACAAACUACCCGGGCUCCAGUUGUUUUUAAGAUAAAUGUCAUCGACGUGUAAAACCUGGGGGGGGGACCUGGGGCCGCGCUCACUGACCUCAUCUUCAGGAUGGUGCCAAAUCGAAAACACCAAUGGUAACGGCCAGAGAUGAUUAUUGCAUGGGUUUCUUUCUAUCUAUACCAGAGAGAAUUGUUAUGAUAUGAAUUAUUGCCUCUUCAUUGACUUUUUGGGUGCUAGUCUGCACAUAAUAAUCUCAUUGGAGUCCGGAUGUGUCAACAAUGUGCAGCUGUAUUCAUGAAUAGUAUUAUUAUUUUGAAAAAUAGCAUUUAAAUAGCAGGCUUUGUAAAUCCUUCGAUGGAUCAAAUGAAUUAAAGGAAAACGGCAACCCGAA